UCGCCCGUGGACGCCGCCUCUGUCCAGAAAUGUCCGACCUGCGGACGAAGCUUCCCCGUCUGCCGUUUGUUUUGUUAGGACUGUCCUGACUUGAAGUGUUGGCGCAGGAGCUGCUGGGAAUUUCAGCUUUGUUUUGUUUGUUUUGUUUUUUGCUUCCUUUGCCGACACUUGCAAGCAAGCGGAUGGCUGUUUUGGUUGGUGGCUGCGCGCCGGAGCAGAGUGCUUACCUCAGGAUUUGUAGUCGAGGGAGGGGGGUAUGAUAAACAGCUGCGAGGGGAGGACGGGUUGCACUGCAGCAUCAGACUGGCAUCUCUUGCUCUACUUUUUUUUUUUUCUUUCUUUUUUGGCUGUCGAGGUUGCACACAUGCACAUAUUUCACGCCCAGCAGCAGCGGCAGCAGCAGCAGCAGCAGAGCCCGGCUGCAUUUUGCAUGCACCGGGGGUUUCCUGCUACUUUAAGGACGAGCUGCUCUGCCCGCUGAGUGAGAAAAGAUGCUGAUUUGAGAAGAACGGGGGGCUUUGUUUUCGGAGCAAGCAACUUCUGGAUUAACAAACAUAAAAAGAAAAGCGCCCUCGGAUGACAGGAUGGCGGCAGCGGCGUCGAGCUGAAACCGCCUCCCCCUCUCCAGUCCAAACAUGAACUCUUCGUCCGACGCGAACCAAAGUGGCUCCCCCCCGUUCUGCCUUCUGGGUGCCGUGGGUUACUCCCACAGCCUGGAUACCUGUGUGCUGGAGGUGGUCGUCAUCCUCUUCCUCACCGUGCUCAUCAUCGCCGGCAACCUGGUGGUGAUCUUCGUCUUCCACUGCGCCCCGCUGCUGCACCACCACACCACCAGCCACUUCAUUCAGACCAUGGCCUACGCCGACCUGCUGGUGGGCGUCAGCUGCCUGGUGCCGUCGCUGUCCCUCCUCCACUACCUCCGAGGCCUGAACGAGGAGCUCACCUGCAAGGCGUUCGGCUACAUGGUGUCGGUGCUGAAGAGCGUCUCCAUGGCGUCGCUUGCGUGCAUCAGCGUGGACCGCUACAUCGCCAUCACCCGCCCGCUGUCCUACGCCACGCUGGUGACGCCGUGCCGCCUCAGGGUGUGCAUCGUCCUCAUCUGGAUCUACUCCGCUCUGAUCUUCCUGCCGUCCUUCUUUGGCUGGGGGAAGCCGGGUUACCACGGGGACAUAUUCCGCUGGUGCGCCAACUCGUGGAAGACCAACCCAGGCUUCAGCACCUUCAUCGUAGCACUGCUCUACGCCCCAGCGGCGCUCACGGUCUGCUUCACCUACGGGAGUAUAUUCAGGAUCUGCCGGCAGCACACGAGGGAGAUCACCCAGCGCCACGCCCGCUUCAGCUCGCAGGCGGAUGGUGAUAAAGGCGAGCGCGGGGAGCGUUGCGAGGGCUGCCCGGACAAGCGAUACGCCAUGGUGCUGUUCCGCAUCACCAGCGUCUUCUACGUGCUGUGGAUGCCGUACAUCCUCUACUUCCUGCUGGAGAGCGCCGGGCUCUAUCACCACAUGGUGGCGUCCUUCCUCACGACGUGGCUGGCCAUCAGCAACAGCUUCUGUAACUGUCUCAUCUACAGCCUCUCCAACAGCGUCUUCCGGAAAGGCCUCGGCCGCCUCUUCAGCCCGCUGUUUCCCUCCUGCCUCGGCUGCAUGGACGCCAAGAAGGCGCCGGCGUCCGUCAGCCUGCGACCGGACCCUCGCUGCCAGGUGUGACUGUGCUUUGGCAGGCUCGGUCGGGUCACUUUGGGAGGCCCUCGGUUGGUGCUUUGCUCUUGGCUGCAUGACACAGGCCUUUUUAGUCCCGCAGUGAAAUGUGUUGAGGACCCCUCCACGGAGCACUGAGGCGCCUGUGCAGGUGCCUGUCGGUCCUUUCAAAAGGCCGGAGGGUUGUGAAGUUCCUUCUGGGACGAAUGCUGCAAGCCGGCGACACAGUGGAGUACAAGUAUUGAUGAUUGAUUUGUGUCAGUUCAGAGGAUUUAACAAACACUCCUGCCUGCGAUGAUUUCAGAACUCCCAGAUGCAAAAAAAACAAACACAGGAAAGCACAGUUCGACCUGCGCUUGCCAAUCCGCUGCAAAAAAAAAAAAAAAGAAAUGUUUUAAAGCCUGACUGAAAAAUCUGAAAAUUGUCUUGGAUCUUUCAGGGUAGAAAUAGGUGUUGCAAAAAAAAAAACAAAAAAAACAACUAAAUUGAAACAGACUGCUGAUCAGUUUCCCCCUGAGGGAACUCCAGAUGCUAAUGAGCGUAUGAAAAAUCAUUCGCCAAGAAGCCGUCCUGAUAAUGAGCCCGUGUGUGUGUGAGCUGAAAAUGCGUAGCGGAUGGACUUUGAGCUCGUUUCCCAGAGAGGAGAUUGAGGUUUAUUUAGGAGCUUGUGUGGGUUUUAUUAAAAGGAUUCCUCCCUUGUGAAGCUGGGCGUUAGUGGGAAGCUCCGUGCUUAUAACCCAGAGUCGGGUUUCACAGGAAAAAAACGUUGAUUUAGCUUUACUUUCUAAGAAGGCAAAGUUUUCCGAGGCUCCCGUGACAGAGACAGUAAAUAAUAUUUAUUUAGAGAGAUUUCUUCUCAUUGUGUUUCAUCCUCAGGUUUAUCAGCAGUUCUUUUUAAGCCUCCAGGCUGUUUGCCUUUGAUCUCCGCUGAAACAGAACACCACUCUUAAAUCACAAGCCACGUAACGUCGUAAGAUAAUCAGCUCAUGACUUGUAGUGCAGUCGGUGUCGAUAACGAACCCGCUGUCCACCGGGACCCUUGGGCCUCGAUGCAAACUUCACUGUAACCUCUGACUUUGCUGCACGUGUCUCUCUUUGUCGCUGCUCGGAUCAGUUUUAAAGCCGAGGAGAGGAGUUGUCGUCGUGCUUCAUGAGUCCGGCCUCGCAGCGUCGAGAGGUCAAAGCACUUUCCUCACAGCCGAUGUGGCUUUUUUUUUUUUUUUUCCCCGUGGCUUCAUGUAAAUACACUUAGAGUAUCAGUGUUUAAACUGUGGCCCUGCGGGGGGAUUUGUCGUGGACCUCCAGGACAACCGAUGAUCUUGUGGAUCUGUUUUUUAAUUUAUUUGUCACAGCCAAGAGGUCUGACAUGCUGCACUCGAACCUGUUUCUUAAUUUACGAUGCUGAGCAGAAGCCGGAGGUGUUUCUUUUACACUCCGCCGGAAUAUUUAAAGAUGUUGUGACGAGUUUGCUUUUAAAGUCACUAUGAAAUGAGUUUUCUGAGAGCGUCUUGCUCCUGAGUUUUAUGAAAGAAGAGGGAAUCAAAAGAGAAAGGGGAGGAUUAUAGGUUAAAAAUGCAUCACUCAGUAUGGCCAAACGUAUAUGGACAGCCCAGGCCUUUGUGUGCCGUUUAUCUUGGGCCGUUUCCAUGAUUCACAAACAUGCUGUGAUAUUUGUCAAAAAUUUUCUAUCAUGCGUUUUACUAUCUAUCAAACCACUACGUCGCAGAAAUUGCUAUUCUCCUUGAAGUGAGCAUGCUGGAUUUGCAUUAAAUCACAAGACAGAAGUAAAGUUCAAGCCACGGUGGCAGCACUCUGCACUGCUGCGAUGUGUGGCGUGUUUUAUUUAUUGAUUGGCUCAUUAAACUUACGGUAAACUGCUGUAAAUGAGCCGGAUUUAGAUGAAGAACCUGCUGUCAAUGAGCUAGACGAGGUUAGCCUGAGCAAAAGCUAUAUUUUUAGCUUUUUCCUCUUCUAUUGUGUGUAAAUGCCAAACGACACCUUUUUAUGACUCUUGGGGGAUGUGGGUUUUUCAGGACCGAUACAGAUUAUUGAUAAUCGAGGAGGCUGAUAUUUGCAUUUGCAGUAAUGAUGAAAAUUUUUAGAUAAGUUUUAGAAAUACUUCAGAGUAUUUAUGUUUAAUUCAAAGAUAACUUUUACACAUUUAUCCCCCAGUGUUGAUUGGCUGUUACGUGUGACGUUUAACCAAUCAGAUUGUGCCGUGGGCGGGACUUUACUCACCGCAUUAGCACCAAAGCAACACAUUGUAAAAUCUAUUUUAUCGUCAGGUUAUUUUAAGAAAUAACCUGAAAAAUCCUGAAUAUCGAAUCCAAUCAUUGGGCGACCCCUAGUUGAUGAAAUUCCAAUUUUUAUUCCAUUCUGAAUUCAGACAUCUGCCAAACUAAGCUCGGUUGGUUAGCAUGCCUAGCUUACCAAAGAGCCACAGAUUUGUUGUGGUGGAGUUACUUCUUUAAAAUCACAUAUCUAAAUGUAUUUAAUAGUAUAUUAAUAUUUUAUAUCUAUUGGGGCUGUAGUCAAUCAGAGGAAAUGUUGGUCCAACCAAUCGAUUAGUCGCAGGACAAGCUAAACACGCAGGUUAUCUGUCAAUAAACUUACAUCAUUGCUAACCUUUUUAGCCUAAUUAUAAAGACUUUAGACUUACAAAGCUAGUGUUUGCAGCAAACUAAAGCAUUUGAGUCUGGUUAGUUUACACUGAAAUGAUAGGAAAAGCCUUGAAGCAGCUGUUCAUGUUCAGAUAAUUAUGGAAAAUACAUCAACUGGUGAUUCAGCACAAGAACUACCGAGGUGACAAAACACCGACAAGUUAGCUGCUGUUUUUACACCAUCUGCCAUGUUGGUUCUAACACGUGAGCUGUUGUUUGCAGGCUGAAGGAAAUGCAGCCACACUGACAACUUCUUUCACAUGAAAUGAAUUUGUUUGAAGAUAACUUGGAGCAAAUCUUAAAUAAGUUAGACGUGGCAGCCUCCGUUAGGUUGGGCCAGUUCAAAGUUGUGAAAACGUUUACAGAUAGUUUGUUCCUCCUGCCCAAAAUAAUGGGUUAAUCUCUGAAAGACGUCGAUGUAGAGCUUUUCUGCUUAUCAAAGUUAAUGGUCCGACCAAUGAGGAGUUGGUUGAAUCAAACUCUGUCGAUCAACCAGUUCAUCAGUUGUCCUGAAAACUGCAGCUCUAAUGUUUUGCAUGCUAAAUUUUGGGAAUAUUUGCCUUUUUUCUAACCAGUUGGCGACAGUUUUCUUUGUAAUUUUCAAUAUGAAAAGACCAUGUUAUCAAAUGUGAGGAUUUACUGUGGUCAAAUCCUCUAGUCAACUCGGACGCUACAGCCCUAAUAUUAAUGUCGGUGUAAUUAUUAAUAAACAGCGUAUUAAAAGUUUCCCAGAAAAAGCGCUAAACAUGUUAAAUCUUUCUUUAUCUGUCAGAUUUCCUGCAAAGCGCCCCAAAAAUAUUUGGCCACCCUGGUGUCGGAUAUGUUCACGCAGUCUGUUAAAUCUGUAUUAAAUGGUUGAAUAGGUGUUUCAGACCAGACGGUGACUGUUUUAUUUCAUUGUGACUUUAAAAAGAGGUGCAGAGUCGAGUCACAAACGUGUUGUCGCUGCCUGGGUCCGGAGGUCGCACUGAGGUCGGGGUUUAGCUGUGGAAACGCUCCAGCCGCUGCCCUACAAACCGACCCUGCUUCCACCACUACGUGCUAUUUAUACGACGGUUUUUCUAUGUAACAGUGUGUGCUAUGUACAGAAUCUGCUAUGAAAAUGUAAUUUCCUGCAAAAUGUUGACACGGUUGAUUCCCCCCCCGACUUUAUCUGCAUGGUUCUGGUUCAGUCUGGAUCAGCGUUUUCUGUCUCAUGAUGCUACUGAGAGCAAUUUACUGACUGUACUCGUUGUCUUAAUAUCCUAACUACUGUUACGUAACACAGAUGGCUUACCACGUUGUUUUUUUUUUAUGAGUGCAAAGAGUUCCUGUUUGUUACGGUUCAUGUCAGAACACAAGAAUGACCUGCAGAAAACCUUCCGGCCUGCCUGUGGUUCCUCUUCUGUCGGGAUAAAAUCACACAAAUCUGCAAAGAAAAAAACAAUCAGGUCGACACGUGCUACGGCAGAGGUGUCAGCUAACGUACAAACAUUUGCAGCUUUGUGUUGUUUUCCUCGACAGCAUUGCAGCGCUGCUCAACUGUGGGAGUCGGUGCAAUACGAGCUCACAGCAAAAUCUGAAGGAAAGGGCUUUAAUUAUCGUCACUCUGGUUGCGCUGUGUGCCGUUCAGCAUGUGAUCCGAACUUUGAAAAUCUGCUGCAGAUGAUUGUAAAUAAGGACUGUAAUUGUCUGAUUAAAGUGAGAUGUUCUGUUUACUGUC